AUGCAACAUCAGAGGAAUUUUUUUCGAUAUCAAAUGGAUGAGGAAUUUAGGUAAGUUUAGGUAAGUCAAGCCUGAACUUGUCCUCGAGAACUACAAAUUUUGUAGGACCAGAAAAGGAGAAAUUAUUCGAAUGCGAACUAUUAAUGUGGCUGGAUUUACUGCAGGAUUCAGAUUUCGGAUAAAUUCAAGACGUCAGAUCGAUUGUGAUGGAAAACAUGGACAAGAAGAAGAAGAACAUUUUGAAAAACCGAAAAAAUCGAGGAAUCGGGGAAAUUAUAUUUGA